UUCCUCACAGGCUUCCCUGGCUCCCACUCUCACCAGAAACCAGUUGACGUUCCUUCCGUGCCAUCUUUAGAAAACAUAACUGAAUGAAUAUACGGUUUUCGUCGCUUUGGAGAACUUCUCACUGUAUGUCUGAACUCCUUGUUUUUCCAGGUGUUGGGAGGAAAUAUGGGGAUCAAGGUUCGGCCUCGGUGCUUUCUGGACAUCGGGAUCAGUAAUGUUCUAGUUGGUAGAAUCGUGGUGGAGUUAUUUUCAGACAUCUGCCCCAAAACCUGUGAAAACUUCAGAUGCCUUUGCACAGGUGAGAAAGGCAUAGGAAAAGGGACCCAGAAACCCCUGCACUACAAAGGAUGCUUGUUCCAUCGAGUUGUAAAAGACUUCAUGAUUCAAGGUGGUGACUUCAGUGAAGGAAAUGGAAGAGGAGGUGAAUCAAUCUACGGGGGCUUUUUUGAAGAUGAAAGCUUUGCUGUUAAACACAACAAGGAGUAUUUGCUGUCUAUGGCUAACAGGGGCAAAGAUACAAAUGGAUCACAGUUCUUCAUAACAACAAAACCUGCCCCUCAUUUGGAUGGUGUUCAUGUGGUUUUCGGUCAUGUAAUUUCUGGACAAGAAGUCGUUCAAACGAUGGAGAACCAGAAAAUAGAUCCUAACAGCCGGCCGUAUGCUGAAGUUAAGAUUUUAAACUGUGGAGAGCUCAUUCCGAAAUCAAAAGGAAAGAAAGCCAACAAAAAGAAAGAGAAGGCCUCGUCCAGUUCCAGCGGCAGCUCAUCUGAUUCGGAAAACUCCUCAGAUUCUUCUUCCAGCUCAGAGGAAUCUGAAAAAGAAUCUAAGAAACGGAAGAAGGAGAAAAAACUAAAAAAGAAGCAAAAGAAGGAGAAGAAAAAGUCUGGAUUGGAAAGUGCUGAGGAGAAAGAACAAGAAGAUGAAAUUACUUCCACUGUACGUCCUGAAGAAAUCCCUCCCAUCCCAGAGAACCGCUUCCUCAUGAGGAGAAGUCCUCCACCAUCCGAGAAGUCCAACAAGGACGAUGAAAAAGACCAGAGAAACAGGGACGACAGAUCGAGACAGAACACUGGCUCGAUGUAUAAUUCUCAGUCCGAUUAUCAGAGGCGGUUUAUGGUUACCACCCGAUCAGGCAGGAAGAUAAAAGGGAGAGGACCAAGGAGGUACCGAACUCCAUCACGUUCUCGCUCAAGGUCUAGAGAUCGAUUUCGCCGAAGCGAAACUCCUCCACACUGGCGACAAGAGAUGCAGCGUCAGAGGAUGAGGGCGGUCACCAGAGAGCGAUGGAUUAAGGGAGACAAAGGUGACUUUAACAGUGCUGUGGAUGAAGAAACUAACGCUCCAAAACGAGAGAGAACGUCCAAGGCAAAAGACGAAGACACAGCUGAGGGAAAGAAGGAAAAGAAGACUCGAUCACACAGGUCUAAAAGCAAAGAGGGCGGUACUGCAGAAAAGGAUGAGCAGCACAGCAAGCACAAAUCAAAGAAAAAAGCAAAGUCUCGCAGCCGCAGUGGGAGCAGAGAAAAGAAAAGGUCCCAAAGCAGAGACAAGGCCGACAAGCAUAAAAGUAGCCACAGGAGAGGGCGUUCAAGAAGCAAAGAAGGAAACAAAGAAACGGAGGCAGGAGUGGAACAGAGUAAAGAUAGAAGUAAAGAUAGAGAAUCUGAUACAAACAACAAGGAGGGGAAAGGGAAGGAAGAAGAGAGAACAAGGACAAAAUCCUCAAGCAAGGAAAGAUCAUCUAGAAAAGAUGAGCGAAGAUCAAGCAGCAGAAACAGGGACAAAGGUGGGAGAGCAGCAUCCAAAGAAAAAGAGGAAAAAUCAGACAAGGACAGGGCCAGAAAAAGAAGCCGAAGUAAGGAAAGGGAGAAACGGACAAGAGGAACAUCCAGGGAAAAAGAUAGGCGGUCAAGAAGUCCAGACAGGAGUAAGGCCAGAGACUCUCAUAGAGGCAGACGCUCUAGAAGCAGAAGCCGUCGGAGGGAUCGCAGCAAAGAUCGGUCUUCUCAGAGAAAGGACCGAAGCAGAGAUUCCACCAGCAGGAGGAGAAGACGAAGCAGCAGCAGCUCCGACAGUGACAGAGCAGAUAAAAAGAAGAGCAGAAAAAGUCCAGAUUCCUCAAGGAGGAAUAGAUCCAGAGACAGGAGAAGCCCAGCCAGACCAGAUAGUACAAAAGAUAGAAAAGAUCGCAAGAAAAAUCAUUCGAGCUCUAGCUCCACCUCUGACAGCGACUGAUUUCUUUUAAUCCAAAUCUGCAGAUCAGCUUCAUUCAUCCCAGCUUCUUCCAAAUCUCACAUAAGCAUAGACCUUUCCAAACUGGUUACAAAGCCUGGUUGAUAGAAAGUGAAGCAGAAGAACAUAAAAAAA